GUGUCAAUAUGGGACGGGGCUGGUUGGUGUAAUGAAUGGAAAGAUAGAUUUUUAUUUGAUUUAUCAAUUACUUGAAUUAGUAAUCGAUAUAGAACAUAAUGAAAAGUGAAGUUUCAAUAUAAAGAACGCCUUCCUUCUUAAUUAAUAACAUUAUCUAACGUAUUAGUAAGAGAAGUGAUAGAUGAUAAAACAUAAUAUUGAGUUUGUGUUCUUUAGACAAAUUUUCAACAUAUUGUAGUGAAGAUGGAAGAGCUAGGAGAGCUGGAUGUCUGGGAUGAUCUGUCUAAUAUUCCCGCGGAUCCUCCCGUAAUGCGCAAACUUUGUGAAGAUUGCAAAAGACCAGCGGUGGUUUGUUGGUGUUCAGCAUUACCACCUGAAAAGCUGAAUCCUCGCAGCACCGUCAUACUCCUCCAGCACCCAGCCGAAGAAAAGAGAUGUCUCCGAACCGCUCCAAUGCUACAACUAGGUCUAGCCGCUAACAAGUGCCUUAUAUUUAAAGGAAAAAAGUUUCCACAACCCAGACAUGAAAAUUUGGAAACAUUACUUAAGCAACCAAACACACUCCUACUUUAUCCAAGCAAAACUGCCAUAGAUAUAAGAGACCUGGAAAAUGAUACUGAUUGUUACAACCUUGUAUUGAUAGAUGGUACUUGGCCUCAGGCUAAAGCAAUAUAUGCAUCCUGUCCUAUUCUACAUAAUUUGAAACAAGUUAAAUUGAUGACAAGCAAUACAAGUAGUUAUAUUAUUAGGACACAGCCUACAGAAGGCUGUCUGAGCACUCUUGAGACAGCUGCUGAAGCUUUAUCGCAACUAGAAAAGGAUCCAAUGUACACAGAGUUAUUAUUGCAACCAUUGCACGCUUUAUGCAAAUAUCAGUUAGAAAAUGGAGCAGUAACUCAUCAGUCUAAAGAGUUUCUUAUCAAAACAAAAACUUACCCAAAAUUGAUUGGUAAGAGAUUAUCAAAAUUGUUAAGAUCUACAAAUGAAGAAAUAAUCGACCAAGCAUGACUUGAUAUAUUUUUAAUAAAAGAAUUGGUUUAAUAAAGCCAAUUAUUACCA